ACCAAUGGGCUCUUAUGGAGACGACUGUUGCCAUCCUCCACCCUUUGAGGAACUAACUAAAAAAGUGAGCAGCUAUGACGCACUAGCCUCUGAUGUCAUCCCAGCUGUGGCUGUGCUAGUGAGACUUCUAAACAGAGAAACAGACGAGGACCACGGCGUCAAGACAAUGAAAGCAACCUUACUGGCAGCUGUCAAGAAGUGCUUCAGUGACGUCGAGACCGACCCACUGUACUUCAUCUCCACCAUACUUGACCCAAGGUAUAAAGAUCGCUUCUUCUCCAACAACACUGCUCCAGAGGCCAAGCUGCACCUGAAGCAGGAGCUGCAGAUAAUGUCCAGAGCUGAGGCAGAGGGGAGUCGGGCAGAAGCUGCAGAACCUCUUGCUAAACUGUUCCUCAAGGCCCAGGCCAGCACUAGCAGCAGUCUGGACACUGUAUUUGACGAAAUCGCUAAGGAGCAGCCCCAGGCAGCACAGCCGCUGGCAGCAGGUGCUGCCAUUGAGCUCGACACAUACCUCGGAGAGGCCCCAAGCCCUCAUGAAGACAGUCCUCUGAAGUACUGGGGUGUCAACAAAAUCAGGUUCCCCACUUUGGCUAAAAUAGCCCGUAAAUACCUCUCAGCCCCAUAUAGCAGUGUGGAAAGUGAAAGGCUUUUUAGCUCAGUGUCACACAUUAUAGAUGAAAACAGAAACAGUCUGACUGCUGAUAAUCAAAAAUCAUCCUGCGAGAGCUAUGUGGCAGGAAGACCUCAUGGGAUGAGGAAAUCCCAGCUGAACUGGCUCAAAGGUCACAAGUUUGGCAUUCAGAGCUUUCAAAACUUCAUGGCUUUACCGUCAACAGGUGUUUGA